GGUGAAAAAGAUGGCUGAUUAGCUUACGUGUUCUUAUCAAUAUGCUUCUUGAAAUAUUAUCCAGUCAAGCAGUCAAUGUUUUUUUAUCUGGGAUUUCUCAAUGAAAGAUUACAGCUUCUUGAAACAUUAGCGAGUUUGUUUUCGUAGCAGAAUGGAAGCUCAUUAUGAAUAUUUAUAAAAUACUCUGUAUAUGUUUCUUUAUAUGUCAGGGGUAAAGUUUAAUUAUUUUAUCGACCAGAGAUUGUCGAGCUGAUAAUGAAAAAGGCAUCAACGUGACCUUACUUUUUCUGGAAAAGGACAUUGUACCAAUUAGCACUACUUCAUGGAGACAUUAACUGCUACUGCAAUGCCCUAUCCUAGAGAGCCUGCUAACUAUGAAGAGGUAUCAAUGCAGCAAAGUGUCCUGUUUGCCGACAGUCUUAAGGACUAAGGAUCUCAGAAAGCAGCUGUACUCUGCAGCUGAGUACUUUGAGUCAGCCUACUUCAAUGAUAAUGAAAAAGAGAAGUGAGUGAAGUCUUGAGUUUUAUUUUACUUAACAAACAAAAAAACAAAAUCCUCUACUCUUGUACUUUGUUGAGGCUCUGGAGCUUUUCAUCAUUCACAAUGUUUUUGUUUUUGAUUCAUACACAGUUGUAAAUGUUGGAAUGUAUUCCACUUAUGUGUGGCCUUAGGACCAUUUUACGAUAAUUAUUUAAUUAUUACUAUCGUUGUAGUAAUUAUACCAACAUGACGUUAGAAAUUCCAUAGUUUACCUAAACAUUACUUGAUGGGAGUAAUUGUUAUUAUUAAAGGGAAUAAUUGAUUUUCCGUUAGAUGCCUUUUAAUUAAUUAAUUAAUUAAAUGAUUAAUUUAUUAUUUAAUUAAUUAUGAAUAGACAUAUCUAUUCAUUGUGUCUAAAUAGAAAGAUACGAUGAUUAGUCGUGUCUCUUAUCAGAAUUCCCAGGGGCUAUAAAAUAACACCUUCUACUUCCCUGGGAGUUUAAGGAUACAUUCCACCAUCAUAACCCAAGGCAUCAUAACGGGAAUCAAAUGGCUUCUUCAUCCUCAAUCAAGUCAGGCUUUCCUCCAAGUAAGAAAAUCUAUUCUUACACUUGGUAUAUUUCUUGUGUUUGAUUUGGUUAGAGAUGAUUCUUACAAAUUUGAUCUGUUAAUUAAUUCCAACAUUUGGUAUCAGAGCCCUUCUCUUAAUCGAUUCAAACCAUUUUAAAUUAAGAACCGUAAUUCCGGUUUCUGAAAAUCUCUUCAUAAUUGGCGAUCGAAAGAUGAACGAACGGGCUGAAGUUGUUGUUGUGCCCCGUUAAUAUUUUCAUCGUUUAUCUUUUGAAAUCAUUCGUCUCCACGUUGCCUUACUUUCGUUUCUGUUGGCCUAACCAAUUUUUGCUAAUAAUAAGAAAGAAUCUAGUGCGUAGGAGUCGGUGAAUGGCUUCGUUAUUUUUGUUUGUUUGUUGUGAUAUAUUAUUAUCAUUAUUACCUUUUGUUUGAUCAUUUAAAAUAUUAACAAGUUAAAUUUAGUGGAGAUUUUAUCCAUUUAUGGUUAAACUUGUUCCAGUGGACUUGAUUGACAUCACAUAUGAUUAUAAUGUAUAAUUUGAUUCACUGGAGACAUCACUGAAUUUAAUUUUUCCAUUAAAAUAUAAUGACCGAAUGCACUCACGUUUGAUUCCUAUGCUUAAUUUCAUUUUAUUUGGGUCUAAUAUUAACGAAACCUAUAUGAAAAAUUACAUGAGAACUUUAAUUUUAAAAUGAAGGAUUUACUGAGUGUGAAAAAGCUUAAUAAAUAUUUGUACAUACAUUACCGUAACAAAAUUUUAAAUGUAAGUAAUUAUCCCAACGGAAAAUUACUUAUAUCACGUAUCUUAUAAGUAAUGAUACUUCUUAUAAGUAAUGAUGCUUGAUGGCUUAAUGACUUGAUGCUUAUAUCAUAUUUAGGUAAUUAUCCCAACGGAAAUUAUUAAAUAUUUUAUAAGUCUAAAUAAGUUAUCAUGAUAUUUUGAGGUAUGUGUAGCAAAAUGACAAACCCAAAGGCGAGUCGUUAAGUUACACAUAUUAUAAAAUUAUUUUCAAACCUAAUUAACAUGAUUGUUGUAAUUUUCACCCAAAGGUGACUUACGAUAAUCAUAUGGCGUUUUUUUUUAUUAAAAUGUUCGAAGCACUUGAGUAUUGGAUAUGGCCAACGCAAAUCCAACACUCAAGUAGGACCUUAGUUUAGUCUAUUAUUUUUGGUGUUAGUAAUAGACUUAAUCUUCAAUAUGUUGUUUUGCUUACUUUAUGUGAUUGCCCUAUAUGUUUCAAUUCACUUAUGUUCUUCUAAAAUUUAUAUGUUCUAAUUGUGAUAAUCCAGCAUCCACUUUAAGUCCUAAUUAUGGGAUUGAACCUCUAACCGGCACUAAUUUCGCGUCAUGGCGAGAUGCCGUUAAAUUAACUCUUGGAAUGAUGGAUUUAGACUAUGCUUUGAGGCAUGAUCCUCCCGCUGCACUCACUGACCAAAGUUCACAAGAACAAAAACGAGUGUAUGAACAGUGGGAGAGGUCAAAUAGAAUGUCUCUCAUGGUUAUAAAGAAUUCCAUCUCGGUUGCUAUUCGCGGAGCCAUACCGGAUUCAGAAAAUGCAAAAACAUACUUGGACUCCGUUGAAGAACAAUUUAAAGGCACCUCCAAGGCAUAUGCGAGUACUUUGAUUCUGAAGAUGUUGACUACAAAGUACGAUGGUGUGAGUGGUGUGCGUGAGCACAUCAUGAUGAUGAGUGACAUGUCCCACAAGCUUAAGGGCAUGGACAUGGAAAUUAGUGAGGUUUUUUUAGUGCACUUCAUUAUGACCUCUCUUCCGGCACAAUUUGGUCCUUUUAAAAUAAACUACAACACUCAAAAGGACAAAUGGCAAAUGAGUGAACUCAUUGCCAUGUGCGUGCAAGAGGAGGAGCGCUUAAAGAUUGAAAAACCCGAUGUUGCUCAUCUCACAACCACAAACACCGGGAAAAAGAAAGGCAAAUUUAAUACUGGAGAAAGUUCAAAGGUUCAGAAAACAAAUGCAAAUGCAACUCCUGGCUCAACCGCUCCUGAGGGCCUGUUUCGUUGUAAAUUCUGUCAUAAGAAAGGACAUGGCCAACGAGAUUGUCCAAAAUUCAAGGAGUGGCUAGCAAAGAAAGGGAUUCCAUUCAAUCCGGAGGCUGGAAAGAAACCAAAGAACCAUUAAAGUCGGCAAUGGUGAUGAUCUAAAUGUUGAAGCCGUAGGUACUUUGCAAUUAGUUAUGCAAGGUGGCUAUUGUAUUAAGUUAUAUGAUACUCUUUAUGUAUCGAGGAUGACUCAGAAUCUAGUAUCUGUACAUAAGUUAGAUAAUGAUGGAUAUUAUGUAACAUUUGGUAAUAAUAAAGUCACUAUUACUUUAAA